GAUGCAGAUGGUGGAUGGGGCUAGGAUUGGCUCAAGAAAUACCGGUGGCCCGGGACCAGGUGCUCAAGUGGUACAUGUGGCCCAUGGCAGUCCUGCAGGGAUCUUCCUUCUCCAGAUACCGGAUUGAGAUCACAAAGAUAAUCUCCCUUGUCUAUGUUGUGGAUGACAUAUUUGAUCUUGUUGGCACAGUAGAGGAGCUAUCCCUCUUCACCAAGGCAGUCAAAAUGUGGAAUACUGCAGCUCCUGAUUCACUCCCCAGUUGCAUGAGAUCUUGCUACAACGCUCUCUACACCAUUACAAAUGAGAUCGCAGACAUGGCCGAAAAGGAGCAUGGAUUCAACCCUGUCAAUCAUCUCAGGGAAGCAUGGGAAGUGCUGUUUGAUGGAUUCAUGGUCGAGUCAAAGUGGCUGGCAACCGGUCAGGCUGGCAACCGAAAUGACUGUGGACCGUUGAUCUUAUAG